AUGCCACAUGCAACGAUUCGCUCGCUGAAGCUGUUCAAGAAAAAAGCAGUGGAUGCCGUCGAGGAUGUUGGCGAGACCAUUGCGGACGUUCCUGAAAAGGGUCCAACGACCGAGCAGGCCAUUCAAUCAGAGCCUGCUGCGCCUGCAGCUGGAGGUGUGGUCGCAGCAAGCUUGGCAAGUCUGCCAGAUCCCGGAGCUGCGGAUGCUAAGCAAGCCCACUCUCACAAGCACGAUCUCGCGAAUCACGAGGGGGCUAGUAUCUCGCAGCAACCGACGCGUACUGCGCGGGACAGGGAUGCCACACUGAUCUCAGAACGGGCGGACCCAAGGUCAAACCAGGACGAUUCUAAGCAUGAAUCUGAUGGCGUAGCGUUGGCGGACGCGAGUGGCGACAAGCCGCACAGCGUGAAUCACAAUGCGAGCCCGCCUGCAGAAGCGGCACAGACGGAAAGUGUCGAACGUGUGGAAUUCUUCACCAAGUCUGGCGCACACUGGUGGCUCAGCAACUCGAGUCCGCACCCGGUGGUCAGGGAUGGGAUCACUUACAAGACGGCUGGUGAGUCGCAGUGACCGACCACAUGCGUGGGUCUAUAGUUGGACAAAUGCGGGCCAUAAUGAGCGCCUGAGUCUGAAUUCAGACUGCGCCAUCGUGGGCCCUUUCUGACGAUGCAAUCGCUGCCACCUUUUCCCAGAGCACUUGUUCCAAUCACUCAAAUUCCUGCCUCACCGACCGGAUAUCGCGACAAGAGUGCGCAAAGCUGGCUCUCCCUCGGACGCCAUGCUGAUUGCUCGAGCAAAUGUAGCGGACGCUCGCAAGGGCUGGAUCAGACAGGGCAUCAAUGUCGCCGUGGUGAGUGCAGUCGUCUGGAAAGCGACCGGAAACUUUCAACACAUGUUCACCAAUGUUCAUGCUGCUCCUCCUCCUUGUCACCAUCCAGAUGCGAGAAACGCUGCUGCUCAAAUUCACACAGCAUUCGAGCUUGCGUGAGCUGCUUGUGCAGACAGGGGAGGCAGAGCUGGUGGAAGCGAACCCUAGCGACGCCUUUUGGGGCUCCGGAGCACCCGAAGGCUCCACAGCCCAAGGGCUUGGGCGCAACCAGCUUGGAAAAUCCCUGAUGCGCACUCGUGAGACGUUAUUGUCUGUGGCGGGCAUCGGCAUUGGCAGCGGCGCUCUUACCGUCUAG